AUGCCAACCUCGAGCCUUCCCACCCUAAACUGGAAAGAAGACUCCUACUACGACCAAUACCCCGCCCAGAGAGACCAACGAGAUGCCCGUAUCGAACGAGUCAACUGGAACGCCUUACGAGAAUACGUCUCAUCCAAGAACUCGGGACACCUUUACAACGAUCCCCGUCCAGAGGUCUACGGCUACAAGCUUAUCAAUGAUAAUCCUGUCCGUGCGGCGUUCACGCUGAUGCAGUUCAUACCGGGGUCUUCGACGACAGAUGCAACCGAAGCAUACAAGGCUCAAGGCGACCGGGUGCCGGUUGAAAAGAAGAAACGGCUUACUGAGCAGCUGGCGGAAAUACAGGUGCAACUGUCAUCUAUCCGGCUCCCCCAGAUCGGCAAAGUCAUCAAACGCCCCGACGGUACAUUCAAUAUCGGCCCAUUCCCUAGUAUCGGUGGGCUCUUCUCAACAGGCUCCGCGAUCCUCGAGGCGUGGGCUGCGCAAGCCAAAUCGAAGGCUUCAACUUCCGAGGAACCUAUCCGCGGGAUGAUGAAAGAUGACCCUGUUGAGAAAGGAGGAGGCCUUGGUGCCUCUUAG